AAACUGAGGCCCACCGAUAUACCGAUCUUCGAGAUAAAGAACCUGUUAAUUAACGAGACUGGCACGCAGCUGGCCUUAUGGGGUAAUCUGGGUCUGGUUCUCAUGGAGCUUCCCAAACGUUGGGGCAAGGACGGGAUGUUUCAAGGUGGGAAAGAAGAGAUACUCUGCAUUCACCCGUUGGUGACUUGUGCAAGCUUCUCUCAGCUACUGAAAGCAAAGCAAAGAUUCUCAGAAUCGCGUCGGAUGACGUGGAAGCGUAGUGCAGCGAAGAUUUCAGAUCGAUCUCGAGGAAUUUUCCGGGAAACGAGACGACCGACGGAGAUGGUGGACGAGCGCGUGCCAGUCUACAAUGAAACGGUAGAUGUUCGGAAAGCAAGGUGGCAUCCAGGAUCCACAAACGACUCUCAUUUGCUAGUUCUGACAUCUGAAAAUACAUUUCGUUUGUACGAAUGCGAAGUGGGUAGCAGACCGAAGUUCAUAAGAUCCUGGAAAGUCGGUCGUAUACCAUUCAGUUCGCCAUCAAAGAUACCAGACUUCACCUCCUUAGGCGACACAGCGGUGGACUUUGAUUUCGCUACACCUACACUACGCAAACCUGAGACGUUUAUCGGCAAAGACAUUAACAAGUCACGAAAAUCCGGUGGUAUCGGGAUCACUGUCUAUGUAUCCUCCAGCCGACGAUAAUUAUGGGAUAGACUCCUGCUCCAUCAUGUGUCUACAGACAACACCUCCGAUAGUGGUUAUCGCUAUGUGCACUGGAAAGAUUUACCAUGCGAUUCUACUGAAAGAAGAAGCGAUCAGCGAUGACAGCAAUGAUAAAAGGACUUGGUCACAGUACGGUUCAACUUGCAGUCUUCACACGCCAGAGGAGGCAUUAUACGUGUACGAAUGCGUCGAAAUAGAAUUGGGUCUAUUUUUCGCAGAUGACGAUGAAAAGUACAAUUGUCCGAUACAUCUUCGCGCUGACAAGGGCAACAAGUCGAGAAAAUGACGAUGCACGUUUACCAUCGCUUUUGAAUCAAUCCAACUCGCAGUACUUGAUUUGUAGAAGAACAAAGCACACAGAAGUAAACGAAGCCACGCCGAUACUUGGAUUUGGACUUCUCCAGGAGCCAUGCGUUUUAGUGGCUUUGUUACAUACCGGCGACAUCGUCGCCCGUUCCGUUAUCGAUCUUUACUACUUUCCAAAAAUCGAGCUCCCAGAAUUUAUAAUUGACAAAAAGGAAAAAAUGAACAAGGAGACGUUCGACGUGUACAUAAAAAGAUUACUGAAACGUGAAACGUCACAACCUCUUAUCAAAAUGGGCUCGAAAACUGUCUCUCCGCGCGAAUGCUUACAGCUUCUAUAUCACGCGACGGAUAUCUUUCGCAAAGAACAUUUCGUCAAACAUGAUACCGUGAGAGAAGAAAUCGGGAAGAAGGUGCGCGCGUUGAAAGUUAUAAAAACCCAGUUGUUAAAAGAGCUAGAUACUUUAUUAGAAACGAAGAAAGAAUUGCAUCAGACUGCUGAACGAUUAGCCGAACGUUACGAAGAUAUUAAAGACGAGCAAGAAAAAUUAGCGCAAAGGGCAAAAGAAGUAUUACGUUUAGUGAAUUACAAAGAACCUUCUAUAACUCCAAUUGAAAGAGCAGAAGCAGAAGAAUUGAAGAAGAUGGAGACAAAAAUAAAAAAAAUGAAAAUCAGACUGCUAGAACUGAAGAAGAAAUCGGAGCAAACUGAGUCUAUAGAGAAUAGUGAAAGUAUUGAAAGAAAAAGAGAAAUUGUUUUUAGAGGUGAUCAAGAAAACGCCAUCAAAAAUAAUCUUGGACAGAUUUUUAACAUUUCAGUUUCAUGAUACAGCUUUCCUUUUUCUGCACGAAGUACAGCUAGUUGUUCUUGAAGUAACUGAUGACUGGCUUCGUCUGACAGUAUCACCUCAGGGGUAUCAACAUUUCUUUUUACAGUUGUCGUCGACUUUGAACAAUUUAUUUCACUUUCAGGUCCACUGUCAGGCUCCGCCUCUGUAUUUGUGGCCUUUUUCAUGAUCCAAAUCCUAGAGUCUGCAGAUUCAUUGAA